CUUGAGGAAUGGGGAAUAGCAGAUGGUUCAGUUUUAGCAAUUGUGGAUUUCGUUGAGGAACUCAGAGGCGAAGAGUGUGAAACUUCUAGUAAGCGGAGAAAAGUUGAGGAUGAAGAUAUGACCUUAUCUUUGAAUACAAGAGUUAAGAUAUUUUUUUUGUCAUAUUUUUGGGCUUACAAUAUCCUACGCCUUAUAUUGGACUAUAUGGAUUCCUAUGCCCGUAUGGACCCACCCAUUUAUAUGGACCCCUACGGCCAAUGCUUGGAAAGAGGGCCUCGCACACCUACUAGGACUCAUUACAGCCUUUGUAAUCCUCUUA